UGCACAUAUAACUGAAGAUCCUCAGCCAGGUGGUUCUGUUUCUCUGCUCCUACUCCUGCUGCUCUCCCUCCUGUUAUCAACUCAACCAGAGCUGGUUCUACAGCUGGUCCAGCGGCUGGUGGACAUGUCUUCAAUAAGAGAAAGAGCUGCAGCUCUACACCUGGCGGAGAAGUUAUGUGUCCGUCCUCCAGCUCAUGGAGGUUCCAGUAAACCGGUCCAGUCCUCGUCGGUGUGGAGCGGCCUCAUCUCCCACCUCCGGUCCUCUGUGACGGUGAAGCGACGGCGAGUCGGCUUCAGGUCUCACAGCGACUGUUUCCUGGGCUCCGAGGCCGUCGACGUGCUGGCAGCACACAUCAGCUGCCACAAAGACUUUCAGGGAGCCAGUGUGUCCCGGGACAGGCUGGUGUGUGUGUGCCAGGCUCUGUUGGACCGUGGUGUGUUCGAGGCCGUCGGGACCAGAGUAUUUGGGAAAGACAAGAAGCAGGAUGUGUUCCAGGACAGCAGGAGUGCUCUCUACAGGUUUGAAGGAGUGUGUUGUCCUUCAGUGGAGGAGCUGGAGACAGGAGAGCUGGAGCAGGGGAUCCAGAGACUGUUCUGCAGCGCUCCUUCAGACAGGCAGGAGGAGCAGACCUGUCCCUCUGGAUCACAUGACCAGACGUCCAGCCCAGUCAGAUUAACCCCUACUUCUAUAAAAGAGGACCAGCUAGCCAGUCCUGCUAGCGUCAGCCUGUCCCUGCAGCCUCUGGGGGACAGUGUGAGUCCCAGCAGAGUCCAGACUGACUCUCUUCUACCAGCAGCAGUGGUGGAGGAGGUGUGGCAGGAGCAGACUCUCCUCAGGCUGCUGAACCUGGUGGAGCUCCCCGUGCUGGAAGGAGUCCUCCAGUGCAGUCAGACCCCCCCUCCUCCAUCAGACAGGAACCCAGACCUGGUCUACAGCAGCAGCCUCCUGGACCGCCACAUCCUCAAGGCCUUCAACGACUCCCAGGAGGAUGCGUGGCUCUGUGCAGGUCUGGACUGUCUGGACUUCCUCCCCGACCAGCCGGUGGUGGAGCUCAGCAGGGAGCUGCUGCCCUGUUUCCCUCAGAACCAGGACCAUCAGGUGGCAGCUGGUAGCAGCUCACAGCCUGCAGUACCGUCUGUGAGCUGUGUGUCUUCUGCAGCCAACACCAGAGAGGAGCAGUCUCUUCUGUCCCAGUCUGGUCUGUCCCAGUCUGGUGUGUCCCAGUCUGGUGUGUCCCAUUCUGGUCUGUCCCAGUCUGGUCUGUCCCAGUCUGGUGUGUCCCAGUCUGGCCUGUCCCAGUCCCAGCUGCUGCUGUAUGGGACUCUGGUGAAGCAUUACGGGGACCGAGCUCCUCUGCUGCCCCACCACAUGGCUGACAUCUACUCCGUCAUCACCGACCUGCUGGUGAAUGCUAAGCUGGCCGCGGCUCUUGAAGCUCUGCAGCUGAGUCUGAAGCUGCUUCCUGCCGUCUGCAGGGACGAGCUGCGCAGGCUGCUGACCUUCAUGUCUCUGGCUGCAGACCCUCAGGGGGUCCGACUGGACCAGGAGGUGUCCAACAGACUGGCGGUGAAGAGGUCCUUCUCCAGGGCCAUCCUCCACACCAGGGUCCUGCAGAAAGACAGAGAGGACCUGAUGGUGGUCUUCAUGCUCAGCAACAUAAAGGACAUUUUUAAGAUACCAGGAGCUCUGCACAAAGCAGUGAGUGAGCGUCUGGCGGGCCUGGAGCAGGGGACGCAGCCUGGUGUCUCGGGCGUCUGGUUCUGUCAGCAGGUCUCCACCAGGACCUACAGCGACUCCACCAGGAGGACCACCAGCCAGGAGCUGCUGUCCCUGCUCAGCAGCAUCCACCUGGACCCCAGGACCUCCAGCAGGGACAGGAAGCGCCUCCUGGGCCGGUUCUACCAGGCCCACCCUCACAUAUUCAACCAGUACUUUGGAGAAUCUGCUGUCAACCUGCUGUAGUUUAGUAAAGACAGAGAGAGUUUAUCUCUUCACUUUCUGUCUUUACAUUUCAUCUGUCAGACACUAACUGACUGACUGAGACUUGUUUGUGACUGACAGUAAAUAAACUUGUAUGAGUGAAUGGGCUUUAUUAUUGAACAAAAUAAAUAAACUGUUGAGAUACGCCUUGUUUUUCUUUAAUAUACUUUUAGAAGAUAAAUAGUCCUCUAAAGAUAAAACAUUUGUCUUCUCUUAUGGAUGUGAGGGUUAACACAAAGAGCUUUUGUUUGUGAAUCAAACAGAAAAGGCCACAAUAAAAAGGUGUCUUGUAUGAGUA